AUCAGUGAUCACCUUGUCUCGAGGGAUUCUAGGUUUCCUUGAGUGUCACGUAAUUUUGGGUUCGAUUUUCUUUUAUCAGAGAUUCAACUAAAUCAAAGGUUCUUUUGGAUACAAAAGGAGGAAGAUUCCACAUGAUGGUGGAGACCUCUGAAAGAAGCAGUUCGUUGGAUGUUGCAAUAGAUUCUUCAAACAUAGGGUUUAAGCUUCUAAAGAAGCAAGGGUGGAAGGAAGGCACUGGUCUUGGAAUCUCUCAACAGGGUAUAUUAGAGCCUCUGCAAACAUUGCUCAAAAAUAACAAACGAGGACUUGGAGCUGAAAUUACAACUAAGAGAAAAGCGGCAAAGCCUCAUCACUCUAUUGCUACAGAUUCUAAACAAGUCGCUAAGAAAGCAAAGAAACUGUCUAAGAAGAUGCGGAAGAUGAUCGAGCACGAGAAACACUUGCUGGAAAAGGAAUUUGAACGAGCUUUCUUUAGAGAGUUCUGGCCUGAUAAUGUAUAAAGAUAGAUUACACUUGUUUCUUUCUUUUUUGUUCCUUUUUGAACUUAAUAUUGGAAAACGUUAUAUUGACAUUCUGAAAUUAGAAUGACUUUAUGCAGGCCCUGGUUAUAGUAAACCAAACAUGUUUUCAUCUAAUUGCUUCUCUAAUAAGGAGAGGAAAGUGAAGUGAUUUAUAAGGAUAACACACUCAAAAACCAUAACAGAGAUUGUAAACUUACUAAUAGAGAUGACUAAUUGUCUAUAGAACUUAAAACAUAAGAAAUAAAUUACCAAAAUGGGUAAGUGAUCAAACCAAACAAAAGUCUUCCUCUCUCUUUCUGUCUUUCAUCUAAAGAUUUAAC